AUGGCCAUAAAGAAGUCCCUGGGUGGUCCUGGGAGGGUACCCUCUCUCGUGGUCCCUCUCGGGGUGUCGCUGGCCUGUUACCUCGUGUCCCUGUCUUGGGCCGCGUGGUCGCUCCUCUCUCCUCCACCCUGGGUGUCCGCGUCUCGCACCGCCAGUCCCCCUGGUCGGUUGGGUGAGAUGCUGUUGGGUCCCCUCCCCCUCUGUGGGGUCCCCUCUCUCCGCCCUCUCGACCCUGGUGGUGUCCCUCCUCGCCUGGUAUGGUGUCUCCCCCCCUCCUCGUCGGGGGUGUUCCACCGUCCGCGUCGCAUCUGGUCUCUCUCGUCGCCGGCAGUCACUCCUCUGACCUACGACCUCGCACCCUCUCCUCGCUCCUCUCUGCCAUCUCCGUCUCCUUGCCUAAGCCCACACCAGGCCUCUCCCUGGUCCCGCGUCUCUUCUCUCUUCGCUGCCUUCGCAUUCUCUCAUCGCUCCUCUCCCCGUUCUCUCCUGGGCCAUCUCGCUCACCUUGCUCCCUCUCUCGCUGGUCUCCUCCUCCCGCUCACCCUCUCCCUCACCGCGGUCCUCCGACCUCUCACCUGGUUCUCUCUCCUCUCUCCCCACCCUCUUCAUCUCGCUCACCCCUCUCUCUCCGACCUCUCGUCCCGUCUCUGUCUCUGUCUCGCCUCUCGCCCGGGCUCCUCUGCUCCGUCUCUCUCCUCUCUCCUCUCCCUCCCCGCCCCUCAAUCUCUCGCCUCUCGGUCCCCCUCAACUGUUCUGCCACUGCCCCCCCCGCCCCCCAUCUCUCUCUCCCCCCCCCCUCUCACUCUCACUCUCUCUCUUCCCACGUCUCGAUCUCCCCUCUCCUCUCUUCUCUGUCCUCUGCCCUCCCUCUCUCCCGUCCUCGCUCCUCCCUUCUGGUGGUCACUCCUCUCCUCCUCGCCCUCUGGUCCCUCCGUCUCUCCUCUCCGCUCUCUCUCUCUCCCUCUCACUCCACUCUCUUCGCUCCUCUCACUCUCCUCCCUUCGCCUCUCCUACAUCUCUCUCCUGGUCUCGUCCUCUCCCCUCUCCUCACUCUCUCCUCUCUCCUAUUCUUCUCAUCGCUCCCUCUCUCUCCCUUCGUCGUCUAAAUCUCCCGUCCCUCCCCUGGUUCACUGA